AUGGAUGUUUUAGAUAUUGAAAUCUGGCUGCCGUUCAUUGUUACCAUCAUUCUCAUCUAUUUUCCAACCGUCGCCUUGUACAGACUUUUCCUACAUCCCUUGGCGCAAUUUCCAGGCCCAAAGCUUGCAGCUAUCACUCGCUGGUACGAAGCGUAUUACGACGUAAUAUGCGAUGGGCAAUACACAUUUAAGCUGGCUGAAUUACACCAGGAAUAUGGCCCAAUUAUUCGUAUAAGCCCACACGAGUUACACGUCAAUGACCCGUCCUUUUUCGAGAAAUUAUACCGCCAAGAUGGACGCUGGGAUAAAUAUGACUGGUGUAUGGAAGCUUUCGGGGCACAAUCAGCCACUAUUCACACUGUGGACCACUAUGCCCACAAGCGGCGUCGCGCUGCGCUGAAUCCCUUCUUUUCAAGGAAAAAGGUAGCCGACAGUCAGAAUAUUAUCCAGAGAGCGACGGAAAAGCUAUGCUAUCGCUUGUGUCAGUUCCAAGGAACCGACAACGUUCAUCUCGGAAGCGCUAUUAGUGCCUUGACUAGAGAUGUAUCCACGGAGUUUCUGUUCGGGCGCAGUUUCAACCAUCUGGACGAUGAGGAUUUCCACUCGAGCAUCAUUACUAUGCAUCAGAAUGGGGGCAAGAUAUGGAGAGUGACGAAGCACAUGCGUUGGUAUGACAUUUUCACGGCUUCAUCCGAGUCCAGCCAGCGGGAUUUGAAAGAAGACAGUCAAGAGAAACACACUCUAGUCCAUCAAAUUCUCGAGUCCGAUCUUCCUCGAGAUGAAAAGACGCUAGAUCGACUGUAUAACGAUGUCGUCACCAUAAGCAGCGCAGGCUUCGAAACAUCCGCACAUGUUAUGCGAAACAUUAUUUACUACGUCUACAAAAACGACGAAAUUCUUCGGAAACUAAGAGAUGAAUUAUCGCUUAAAUCAGAAUCCCCUGACCUUAUCAUACUGGAGCAGCUUCCGUUCCUCACCGGCGUUAUCAUGGAGGGGCUCAGACUUGGCAUGCCUGUUUCUUCACGCUUGGCUCGCGUAGCGCCAGAUCGCGAGUUGGUGUAUGGUAAGUGGCGCAUCCCUGCCGGGGCGCCGGUCGGGAUGACACCGUUACUUUUAAACCAGAAUGAUACUUUAUAUCCCGAUCCCAGGUGCUUCGUUCCGGAGCGGUGGAUGGCGCCGGGGGUGCGGAAAAACGAUGACAGGGUUUUUGCGCCAUUUGGUCGUGGCACUAGGAAUUGCCUGGGGCAGCACUUGGCAUGGGCUGAGAUAUACAUUGUCAUAGCCGCACUUGUGCAAAGAUUUGACUUCGAUCUUGAUGGUAUUGGUCCUGAGGAUGUUGAGGCCGCAAAUGAUAAGUUUCUAACCGGUACUACCCGACAAAAUGGAUUCAAGGUAUUCGUAAAGAGGAUAUGA